AGAAUAAAAGCAAGGUCCAAUAACACAGCAAUGGCAGAUGCCUCCCAGAUAAUAGACACAACCAAAAAGCAAUCCGUACCCUUGCCCAUUGCACUCACCAUUUUUUAAGCAACCCCCAAAAUUUCUUUUUCCUUUAAAAUUAUUUACCCUUUAAUUUAUAGACAAUUUGUUUCUAUCGCUUUAGCUUCAAGAGUACUUGAACCGCCGAUUCAAGCCUUCAGUCUCCUCUUUUCUGUUGAAAACUCUCUCGUUUUCUUCUUCUUAACAACAACCAAGAAAAAAAAAAAAAAUCCCUUCUAUAACCCAGCAAGAAACCUGUCUUUCAAUGGCGUCUCUGACCCAAUUUCCCCAAUGCGACUUCUUUUUAAAAAACCAAAAUUAACUUUAACCCUCCGUCUCCCAAUUUCUUUCCGUUUUAUUCCCAGGGAUUACCCAUAUUUCAAAACUCAGUCUUUUAAACUUCCCCCAAGGAUGGCUACUAGGAAUGGCGUCGUAUCGGCCACUACGGCAGAGAAGCCCAGGAAGAGGUACCCUGGCGAGGCUAAAGGGUUCGUGGAGGAGAUGAGGUUUGUGGCUAUGAAGUUGCAUACAGGAGAGCAAGCAAAGGAAGGAGAAAAGGAAGUGAAAGAGCCCGAAGAAAGGUCCGUGGUGAAAUGGGAGCCCACCGUUGACGGUUACUUGAAGUUCCUUAUGGAUAGCAAGUUGGUGUAUGAUACGCUUGAAGGGAUUAUAGAUAAGGCUGCUUUUCCUAGCUAUGCUGAAUUCAGAAACACUGGAUUGGAAAGGUCUGAAAAAUUGUCAAGGGAUUUACAGUGGUUCAAAGAGCAAGGCUAUGCCAUUCCGGAGCCAUCUUCUCCUGGUGUUACCUAUGCUGAGUAUCUUAAAGAAAUAUCAGAGAAGGAUCCUCAAGCAUUCAUAUGCCACUUCUACAAUAUAUAUUUUGCCCACUCUGCUGGUGGUCGCAUGAUUGGAAAGAAGGUAGCUGAGAAGAUACUUGACAACAAGGAGUUGGAAUUUUAUAAAUGGGAUGGCGACCUUUCCCAGCUGUUACAAAAUGUGAGGGAUAAGCUGAAUAAAGUUGCUGAGAGCUGGAGUAGAGAUGAGAAGAACCAUUGUUUGGAAGAAACUGAGAAAUCAUUCAAGCAUUCCGGGUCGAUCCUUCGACUAAUAUUGUCAUAGUGUGCAUAGCAUGCUUUGUUGUUGUUGUUGUUGUUGUUGUUGUUGUUGUGAUCUUGUGCAAGUAAUGGCGCAAGCCACAAGAUGUCUACGACAUGUAUCAGAACCUGUCUUAUAUUUUUUUUUUCCUUCUUUUUUCCUUUUUAUAUGGAGCAACUAUUUUCCUAAGAUAUGAAAUUACCUUCAUUGGCCAUA